GAGGGAGGGGAGAGAGAGAGAGAGAGAGAGAGAAUAUUUAUAGCCUGUAGCGAAGCUGCAGCACAGAGAUAAGGCUUGGGACCGACACACACAGACAGGGCUUAGGGACAAGAGGACACGUCAAGAUGAAACUCUUCACUUCGGUAGUUUUAUUCGGGGCCGCAGUGGCCCUAGUCAGCGCGGCAGCAGCAGGCACCGAGGGGGAGAUCUCCUUCGAGUACCACCGCUAUGAGGAGCUGCGGAAGGCUCUGGUGUCGGUGUGGCUGCAGUGCCCGACCAUCACCCGCAUCUACACCAUCGGGGAGAGCUUCGAGGGCCGCGAGCUGCUGGUGCUGGAGAUGUCAGACAAUCCCGGGACGCACGAACCUGGUGAGCCUGAGUUCAAGUACAUCGGCAAUAUGCACGGAAACGAGGCCGUGGGCAGAGAGCUGAUCAUCUACCUGGCUGAGUACCUGUGCAACCAGUACCAGCAAGGCAACGAGACCAUCAUCGACCUCGUCCACAACACUCGCAUCCACCUGAUGCCCUCCAUGAAUCCAGAUGGAUUCGAGAAGGCCGCCUCUCAGCCCGGAGAGAUUAAGGACUGGUUUGUGGGCCGCAGUAACGCGCAGGGCGUGGAUCUGAACCGUAACUUCCCCGAUCUGGACCGCAUCAUCUACAUCAAUGAGAAGGAGGGUGGAGCCAACAACCACCUGCUGCAGAACAUGAAGAAGGCUGUGGAAGAAAACACCAAGCUGGCUCCAGAGACCAAAGCAGUGAUUCACUGGAUCAUGGAUAUCCCCUUCGUGCUGUCAGCUAACCUGCAUGGAGGAGACGUGGUGGCCAACUACCCAUAUGAUGAGACCCGCACUGGCUCCACUCAUGAGUACAGCUCCAGUCCAGAUGAUGUUGUGUUCAAGUCUCUGGCCAAGUCUUACUCCAUGUACAACCCAGUCAUGUCCGACCCCAACCGCCCCCCCUGCCGUAAGAACGACGACGACUCCAGCUUCAAAGACGGCAUCACUAACGGAGGGGCCUGGUACAGCGUGCCCGGAGGUAAGAGGUCACCAGAGCCCAGUGUGUGA